GGGAAAACACCAAACUGUCUCAAACCGUAGAAGAAGAAGAAGUGUGGAGGAGAAGAAGAAGUGUGGAAGUCAGCUCUGCCGUUCAAAGGGUUGUGUCACUCUUGUAUGUGUGCCAGUUGUGGCUCGGAUCAGUGAAGAUGCAGACGCCUGCAGAGUCCGUCCUCCACAGCGGAUACUUCCACCCGACGCUCAGAUUCUGGCAGUCCUGCGCCGCCGACCUCAGACCGGACAACCUCAUCUACCCCGUCUUUGUCACAGACGACCCAGAUGCGGUGCAGCCGAUCGGCAGCCUGCCGGGCCAGGCCAGAUACGGGGUGAACAAAUUGGAGGAAAUGCUGCGACCGCUGGUGGAGAAAGGCUUAAAGUGCGUUCUGAUUUUUGGUGUUCCGGCAAAGAUUGAAAAGGACUGGAGGGGGUCGGGGGCCGACUCUGACGACACGCCGGCCGUGCUGGCGGUUAAAAAGAUCCGGUCGUUGUUCCCCGAGCUGCUGGUGGCGUGUGACGUCUGCCUGUGUCCCUACACGUCCCACGGACACUGCGGUAUCCUGGACGAUGACGGCACUCUGAACAAUAACUCCAGCUGUCUGCGUUUAGCCGAAGUAGCGUUAGCUUACGCUAAAGCUGGUUGUAACAUCAUCGCUCCGUCUGACAUGAUGGAUGGACGAGUCGGAGCCAUAAAAGGAGCGCUGCUGUCAGGCGGGCUGGGAAACAAGGUUUCAGUUCUGAGCUACAGCGCCAAGUUUGCCUCUUGUUACUACGGUCCGUUCAGAGAUGCUGCUCAGUCUAAGCCAGCGUUUGGAGACCGCCGCUGCUACCAGCUGCCCCCCGGAGCCAGAGGACUUGCCCUGCGAGCUGUGGAGCGAGACGUGAGGGAGGGAGCAGACAUGCUGAUGGUGAAACCAGGCCUGCCGUAUCUGGACAUCAUCAGAGAGGUCAAAGACAAGUUCCCCAACCACCCUCUGGCGGUGUACAACGUGUCCGGAGAGUUCGCCAUGAUGUGGCACGGAGCCAAGGCCGGAGCAUUCGAGCUGAGGGCCGCCGUGAUGGAAGCCAUGACGGCGUUCCGCAGGGCAGGCGCUGACAUCAUCAUCACCUACUACACACCUGAGCUGCUCACCUGGCUGAAGGAGUGAGGAGGGAAACUGUCUUUAAAUCACUGAUGCUGACGAACAGAACUCAGAUAAACUGAACUGGAAUAAAUGAUCAGUUUUAUAAAGCUGGGUUUAGCUGUAGCUCCRGUUUAACCCCUCAUUUAUUUUUUUAUUUGUUUUGUUCUAAAGAGCUCUGAUAUGAUGAACAUGUGCAAAAAUAUAUUUCUGCUUUUUUAGCCACUAWUAAAAGUCACUGCUGCAUUAAAGAUGUUUCAUCUGAUUAUAAAUGUUACAAUAAACAUGUGAAGUAUAAAAGCCUGAGGUGGUUUUUAAACUAACGUAUCAAAGAGAGGAAAUAAAAAUGUUUUAUUUGAAAAUA